AUGGCGCCCUUCCCAACACACAUUGUUCAUACAGUGUGGGAAGUUGAGGCCGAAACGAGAAACUUUGACAGAGAGAACUAUACCAGCUGGGUCCCUCUGGUGUCUUCGCAAGAAAAUACCAUACAAUGUCUUGCAUUGACUUUUGCAACAAUCAGUAUGGCGUCUGCCAUUCUAGCAAUCUACUGGUUUGUAAAAAUGCGAAGGAGCUUCAGGCACGACCUCAUCAUGUUAGUGAUUCAGAGUGACAUGUUCAAAGCAUUCUGGUUUAUGCUCUACCCAAUUGUUACCUUUGCACACGGUCCCAUCCAAGAUAGUUCGGUUUUCUGUCAAGUCAAUGGCUUUUUCUUAUCUGUGGGGAUUGAGGCAUCAGAUAUUUCCAUCCUCAUGAUCGCCAUUCAUUCCGCAUUGUACAUUUUCAAAGCCAGAAGCUCGGGCGAAGGGGGUCUAUACCCAUACCGCCGAAUAGCUUAUACAAUCUGGGCAACCUUUCCUGUUGCCAUGGCUUCACUGGCCUUUAUCAAUGACAGUAAUGCAUACACUGGAGUGGGAACUUACUGCUAUACUCCUGUCAGGCCACUUUGGUACCGACUUGCCCUGAGUUGGAUUCCUCGAUAUUUGAUUUUUAUAACCAUUGUCAGUAUAUACGCAUCGAUAUACUUUUAUGUCCGGCGCAAGUUUUCCGGCUUCACCAAGUUAAGCAAGGAUAACUCCAUAGGCUCGAUCGAGCUUGAAGAUCAUUCUGAUAGAUCACCGAGGUCCUCAAGGUUGCACACUGCUCCCGCGAUGCCAGCCCUAGCUCGUCAUGGCUUGAUACUGGAUUCCAGACACCCUUCGCUAACUGGCACUGAAAGUGAAAGAUAUCUGGCGUUAACCGUGGGCUCACAUAAACACUUGCCUAUUAGUCCGCAGACAAACGUCCAUCGUUUUAUGUGGGCAAGCUUCAUAGCUAGAAGCGACCGGACACCAAUUCAAACGAAGUCUCCUCCUACCCAGGACCCAUAUCCACUUACUGUCGCCUCUGGUGCUUGGCCUUCUUACCGGCCGGACAAUCUUGACCAUGUUCCCUCCAACUCAGGUCGUCCACCAAUCACCAAACGCUCAAUGGUCGACAUAUUCACUGUCUUGAGCCACAAGUCAACUGAAUUCGAAGUGCCCAUGCCGAUCUCAAAGCUGCGAUUUGUCAACUCUAGUGGUCAAAAUGUAGCUGUCGGCGAUAUGAUUCAUACGCGUGACAAUAUACAGCGCCAGCUACGGUUUCUUUUUAUCUAUCCUUUAGUUUAUCUUGCAAUGUGGAUCGUCCCCUUCGUCUAUCAUGCUCUUCAAUAUGACGAUAGAUUCGCAACGAACCUCCCUUUCGGCCUACGCUGCGUCACGACGGUUUUUCUCUGCUCACAAGCGGCUGUCGACAGCUGGCUGUUCUCCAGUAGAGAGAAGCCAUGGAGAUAUAUCCAAGGAACAAACGGGAGUUUUCUCGCGAGCCUGAAGUUUUGGUCGGGAUGGAAGAACAUAAGUGAAAACAAGACCGCUCAUGGACCUGGGAGAACCAGGGAUGAGAUGGUUCGGGAUGCAAGAGCUGCAUAUCAGAGAAGGGACGAGGAAUUGGCAGAAAGAAGGACUGAUGCCAGUCAGACGGAGCAAGUUGGAGAUGGCACCACGAGCGAAGUUGAGAUGGCGUGGUGGGAGAGCAUGGCGUUGGAUGGAACGAUGAGGAAUUCUGUCGCAGAUGAGCUCUCGAAUUUAAGGGACGAUGUGGUCACAGCAGACUCUUCGUCAGUGGAUAGCGAAGCACCAUUAAAUGGGCCUGUGAUGGCACAUCUUCAAGAACAAUAUAUACGGGAAGAAGAAUGAGGACCUGGUGCAUCUAUGAAGACCGACAGCAUAAGAAGUGAAUGUGUCAAGUAUAUGAUAUAAGGAUAUGGAGGCACUGGG